AGCUCCAGAGCUGCGGUCCCGGGGGAGGCCUACGCAGGGCAGCGGCGGCCCCUCAGGGGCGGUCCCGGCGCGGGGCCCGCGCAUUCCGCCGCGCCUCUCCAAUCCUGGGCCCGGGGCGGAGCGGGGCGCCGGCCCAGCGGUGACAUUGAGGGACUCUGGGGAGGGCCCAGGCAGCGCUGCCGGGGCGGGAGGCCGCGCCAUGUGGGGCCGCGCCGAUAGGGCUGUUAAACUGCUGGGAAGAAAUAUUCCCUCAAUUCUGAGGACAACUAAAGGAGUGGAUGUGAAGAUAAGCAGAAGGCUUUGCAUUAAACCCCAGGAAGAAAGUCAAGUUCAGCCAAGAGGCCGGUCUCCUUUGAGGGUGCCUGGAUACAAGCCUACAGACUGGGAGAGAAGAUUUUUGUUGUGGGCAGGCCAUUUCAAAAAACCAGAGGACAUACCAGAGACUGUCUCGAUUGAAACCGUCAGAGCGGCAAAGACCACGCUGCGUGUGAAGUUCAGCUACGUGAUGAUGGCCUUGACGAUAGUGGGAUGCAUCGUCAUGGUGAUUAAAGGGAAGCAGGCUGUAAAAAGGCAUGAAUCUCUUACAAGCAUAAACUUGGAGAAGAAAGCUCAGUGGAGAGAGGAAGUUUCUCAGAGUGCAUCUCCUAAACCUUAGAGGAGGAAUCGAAGAGACGAAGGACUGGGGAAGAAAAGCCGAGUGCUUUUCAGGACUGGAAGGAUGAAAUGAUCACACCUUUCCUGUAUGUCAGUUCUGUACUCUCUCAUGUUCAAGAAAGAAUGAAUACAUUAUCCUGUAAUCAUUAAAACCAGAAAUAUCUAUUUUCUUUUCCUAA